UUGAGCCUCCACACCAAAGGCUCGAUCCAGCUCCUUUUGUCGAUCAAGAUGCUUUCCAGAGCUGCUCGUCCUGCUUUGAGAGCUGGCGCUGCGGCGUCCGUUCGACCUGUCCCCCAAAAUGCGGCCAACUUCGCAACCCUUCGUGAAAUCGAGGAUAGAUUGAAGUCCAUCAGGAACAUUGAGAAGAUUACGAAGACGAUGAAAAUUGUUGCUUCCACCAAGCUCAAUCGUGCCCAACGUGCCAUGACCGACUCCCGAUCCUACGGACAAACUUCCAACACCGUUUUCGAGCAAGCCGAGACCAAGGCAGUGGAGGGAGAGAACAAGAAGACUUUGAUCGUCGUUGCCAGCUCGGACAAGGGACUGUGCGGUGGUAUUCACUCUGGAUUGUCGAAGAGGGUCCGUAAGAUUCUCGCGGAGAAGCCAGACGCCGAUAUUGUUGUGUUGGGGGAGAAGUGCAAGGCUCAAUUGAGUCGUUCAAGCUCCAAAAAUAUUGUUAUGAGCUUCUCUGCUGUUGGAAAGAAUAUCCCUACCUUCGCAGAGUCCCAAGCCAUUGCCGACCAGAUCUCUCUCCUCCCAACCGACUACGCAUCGGUCCUGAUUGUCUACAACAAGUUCAUCAACGCCACAAGCUACGAGGCUACCCCUGUUGAGGCUUAUUCCGAAGAGGCAAUCAUCAACUCUCCCAAUUUCUCCGCCUUCGAGAUUGACGACCAAGUCCUCGGUAAUCUCCGAGAAUACGCCUUGUCAAACGCUCUCUUCUGGGCUCUUACUGAAGGUCAUGCUUGUGAAAUCUCCGCUCGUCGUAAUGCUAUGGAUAACGCUUCCAAGAACGCCGGAGACAUGAUCAACAAGUACCAAAUUCUUUUCAACCGAACACGUCAAGCCGUCAUUACUGGCGAAUUGGUCGAGAUUAUCACUGGUGCGGCCGCCUCCGAGGAGUAGAAGAGGAUUGUCAAUAUGUAGUCUAGUCAAGCAGCUUCUGGUCUUCCCAGGCCCGAUAGAUCCAAUUUCUUUCUGUACCAAUGCACACUAAAUCUUACCUGAGUGUUUUAGACCGAUCUCUAUUCUUUCUAUUUUCCUCGCGAUAGACAGGGCUUGUCGCUUGAUUCAUCAUCUUUGCUACUUCUACCAGAAAUGCCAUGCUGUUUCCAAGUGGAGCGAAGAAACAGACCCAUUACAUUUUCAUCAAUUAUAUACCUUCUCAUUCAGCAACAAUCUCAUUCUCUUUCUCUCUGUCCAGCACCGCCUUGUGCAAGCUCGAUAGCAAUCCAGCAAACCUUCCGUGUCUGGACAAGUCAGCACCCUUCCCUCAUAGCGUCCGAUGAGGACAAGGAUGAAAUUGGGUAAAGAUUUGGGGAGAGGCGAAUAUGCAGCACCUACCCGAUCUGAGCCACGCAUCCGGUAUACCUCCAAAAAGUCCCAACCUUCAUCGUCUCCUGUGCCUCAUCUAGCCCUUCAAAUCUUACUUCGCCACACGGCCUUGGAAUCCACGCCAUCUGCCUAUACCGCCCGUCAAGCGUCAUACCCUCAAAGGCCAAAUCCCAGUCGCUUGGCUCCAGCUCCUCGAAUCGGCAAGCUUUCAAAAUCGCCCAACCUGGAGCAAACAGCGAGUCAGGCGUACUGUUUAGAACAGUGAGGAGGCCGGAGCCUGGUGGUGUUAGUGAGAGGUGAUUUGACGCUGAGGACAUGCAGAAGGGACAGCUGAACUCCAGGUUUAGGGGUAGGGUUGUUGUAUUGGCAUAGGGUGCUGGCUGUGAGCAUAUUAGUGGAAGCCGUGUUGUGCCACUAUGCGCGUUGACAAUGGGACCAAAUCCUGUGUGCCCACAAGUAUGGGUGAAGCGGUAUUGAAAGCUCAUGGCCAUCUUUGGCAAGCUUUUAUUCGAACGUGAGCAUAUGUGGUGCUGUCUCCGUAAUGGGAGGGAGCAGAGGAUGCAACGCUGAGAUAUUCUUGGGAAGCUUUGGGUAGGAUGGUCCUUCGAAACUUGGGUUCAACUUGAGCUGCUUGAAUCACAAGUGGCAUGCUUGUACUGCUAUUCGCGAAGCAUUGACAGACGUGAAUCAAGAGUCUAAAAUGGGUAUUCUACUUAUUUAGUGCUAUCCUUUGCUUACGUCCAAACUGAUCCCGCCUCGAUCAAGAUAUUCAGCGAAUUUUGAAAUCACUUCUCACAGUAGCCUCUUGUACGUCUUGCAACAUACUUGGUGCGUCGUCCUUAAGCACAUGCUUUCCAAAAAAGGAAAUGAAAAACCAUUGGGAUGUCCUUACU